UUCACAUCACACUUCAACUGAAAAUCAGUUAGCUUCUUUUCUGCUCCACAAACUGGAUCGAUGGCAUCCAAGUCACCACCACCGUCGCCGUCUUUGCUCCGCCGCAUCGUCGAUCUCGACACCGCCAUCUCCCUCCGUCUCUACACCCUAACUCACCCAAUCCUCCCUUAUUACUUUCUCAAAACCCUAGAAAUCUCCGGCGAUGGUUUCCUCUUCUUCCCUUUAAUCCUCUCACUACUCCUCUACCCUCUCACCUUCUCCACCACCACCGAAACUACUAACAACAUUUUCCUAAUCAACCUCCUCCUCGGCGGAAUAGUCGACCUAAUCGUAAUCGGAUCCCUCAAACACCUUAUUCGGAGGCCCCGACCCGUUUACAACAAAAACAUGUUCCUCUCUUUUUCCGUCGACCAUUGGUCCUUCCCUAGCGGACAUUCAUCUAGGGUUUCAUUUAUAGCCACUCUCUUUUACCUUUACUCCGAUUUCGUUAAGGAUAUAUUGAUUCAGCUUAAAUAUGAUCUAUUGGUGGAUUAUUUAAUGCUUAUUGUGAUCGGAUGGGCGGCAACGACGUCGUUGUCUAGGAUACUUCUUGGCCGUCAUUUCAUGUUCGAUGUUGUUGCUGGUGUAUUUUUGGGUGUUCUUGAAGGGAUGUUUGUGUUUUGGAUUUUCAAUUAUGUGACUUUGACCUAAUUCUUGAGAUGAUAAAGUUCUUUGCCGUAGCAAGCACCUGUGGUUCUCUCUGGCCAGUAAUGCAUGGAAGUGAAGAACAACAAAUCUCUGGGAGUCUCCUUCUUCCUUUCACCCAAUGCAAAAGAUACAUAUCAACAUUCACUCAAGACUUCUUUAAUUUAUCGAAUCUGUCUUUUUUUCCUUUGACAACAGCUGUGUACGAGUCAGCUUGCACGUACCUCGACUAUUCUACCGAGUAUUUAUUACUUCCCACCAUCACAGGUACAAGGUAACUCUGCCCACCAGCAAAUUGUUUUUUGA